AUGAAAAGGCCUGCUAACAUUAAUGCCCAAAAAGCUGUUUCCAAGGAGUCAAAGCUUCCAAAAUUCCCUGUUUCAAAGCCAGGUCAUCCAUCGAUUCCAGCAACUAAUAAGCGCACUAUAGGUGGAGCAACUUCCUUAAAACAAAAUCAGAUGUUGCAGCCAGUUGUUAAUACCCAGAGAAAUACAGAACUAAAAAGCUACUCAAAAAGUGUAAAAAACACACAGAGUAGAGCAAAGGCUGUUUCUGAAGAGUUACUCAAUAAAUCCUCUGCCUCACAUGCUAAGAGAAACAAAGUUAAUCCCCGUAUUAGUCUGCAUGCAUCAACCCAAUUAUGUCCCAUACAGGUCAACAAAGUCCAUAGUUCUGGCUCAAAAUUGAUUCUAGAUGAUGUCCCUUCAGUUAUCACUGUGGAUUCAUCUGACUGCCAAGAUGUUACCACACAACUAGCAGUUAGGCUUCCUUCAAGCAAUGUCAUCACUGGUACAACUUUGCAGCAUACACAAAGUCAAUCAACAAAACCAUCAGGUCUGAGAAUGCCAUCUCCGUCACUAGGAUUUUUUGGUCAGUCAAAAUUUCCAGCUUCAAGUUGCUUUUCACACAGAAUUGUUGACCCUAGUCAUCGACGAGGUAAACUUGGUGACUGGAGGCCACCGCAAUUGCCAGCAAAAAUUCCUGGAGUUGUUGAUGGUAAAAUGCUGACUUCACGUGUCUCACGCUCAAGAUUUAAUCUUAGUGCCGUUUCAAUUGAUGCAAUUACACCUGAUGUGGGCAAAGAUGCUAUGAUGGAUGGGAAGAAGAUUCCACAUGAACCUAAUCACUGUGAGCUUGAGAGCGAUAAGAAUAGGUUGCUGAGCAUUACUGAUACAAAUGGGAAAUUUGAGAAUCAUGUCAAGGAUGAAAGCAUUACUGCAGUUGAUAAAGAUGGAGAAGCUGAGAUGAAAGAGAAUAUAAAUCUCUUAAAAAUUCCAUCUUGUAGAAGUAUGACAGAAGUUGACAAUGCCAAAAGCUGCACUCUUGGUCAUAGAGCAAGUACAGAAUCAGCUGGCAACUAUUUCGAACAUUCUUUAUUUUACCAACCUGAGGAGUUUGCUAUAGGUGUAACUGGAACAAGAAGCAUGAAUACAAAUUCAUGUGAAGAUGAAAAUUCUGGCAGCUCUACUGUAAAUGAUGUUAUUAAUGGUGGUGUGAUGAAUUCUGCUUCAGUGAGGUGCAUGCAGAAUCUUGAUCAAUCAUCUAGUUUGCACAGUGACAGAUUAGAAACUUCCAACUUUGAAGAGCUCCUGGUCCCUGAUGAAGAUAAGCCUUCUAUGUUGGUUGAGGGAAACCAUAAAAAGAUGGUUGGAGAUUCAUGGAUUUGUGGAACUGAAAAAAUUGAUAAUCAGACUGUUGAAGAUUUGGAACUUACUAAUUCUAGACUAGAAAAUUUAGAAUUUUCCUCUGAGCAUAUAUAUGCAAGUCUUUCAAAAGAUUCUUUUGUGAGGAAUGAGAUGGCUGAGAAUACACAGAACCUUAAGCAAUCUUUAGAGGUUAUUGAAUUGAAAGAUACAUCUGCUAUGCUUUUACAGACUCAAACUGCUUGCCCUGAAUUUGAACAAAUCUCAAAGAGUAUCCAUGGUUUGGCUUCUGCUGAUUGUAUUUUGCUUGAGAAAGACAUAGGUUCUGAAAAAUACCAGGUAGCAGUAAAUGAGAUGUUCCCGAUAGAUGAAAAAGGUGCGAUUGAAAUGGAUAAUUCUGGAGUUGAAAUUGCAGAAACAUUUGGUGGAAUGGAAGGCGAAGGAUUUGAUAGUAACCAGAUCAUUAGACAUGAUUUUCUCAGUGAACCAAAUGAGAUGGCUGAGAAUACACAGAGCCUUAAGCAAUCUUUAGAGGUUGUUGAAUUGAAAGAUACAUCUGCUACGCUUUUACAGACUCAAACUGCUUGCCCUGAAGUUGAACAAAUCUCAAAGUGUAUUCAUGGUUUGGCUUCUGCUGAUUGUAUGUUGCUUGAGAAAGGCAUAGGUUCUGAAAAAUACCAGGUAGCGGUAAAUGAGAUGCUCCCAAUAGAUGAAAAAGGUGCGAUUGAAAUGGAUAAUUCUGGAGUUGAAAUUGCAGAAACAUUUGGUGGAAAGGAAGGCGAAGGAUUUGAUACUAACCAGAUGAUUAGACAUGGUUUUCCCAGUGAACCAACAUUGGUGUCUUUUGAGGUUGCCCCACUAGUUCCAAAUCAUGAUUCUGCACUAGAUACAAGUGUCACUCAUGUCAUUUUGAGUGACAGAGCCACCUCUUUCGAUAUGCAUCGAUGUUCAUCUGAAGCAUCAGAGUUUUUGGUUGGAGAAGUCCACAAAUCAUUUCAUGGGGAUAAAGUGAAGAAUAGUGAAGUUAAUGAAAGAAAUCUCGUAAUAGUGGAACCUGUGUGUCAAAGUUUGUUUAGUGGUCCUCAUCUAGAAAGUCAUGUAGCAGACAAUAAUCAUACCAGUUUAUAUUCAGAAAGCAAAGUAUGUCAUGAUGACCAGAAGUCUGACACUCAAACCAUUGCAGGAACUGACAGUACCUUAGAUGGUUAUCCCGGGAUUGAGAUUGCAAUGCAAACAAGAGAAGCCACAAUAGAAGCAACUAGUGGGGAUAAUAUAUCACAGACUGGAGAUGAUCCAGAGUUCUUUGCUGACAGCAGUGUGCCUACGAAAUGUUGCAUUGACCAUAUUUCAGUUGUGUGCGAUCACUCUGCUACAGAUGCUAAUUGUACUGAAGAAUCUGAACAAUUGCUAUUGUCUAAUUGCUUCACAUUGGUUGAAGAAGUUUCUGGGCUCAAAAAUAAGUUGUUUCCCAGGGAUUCCUCAUAUGAGGAAACAACUGAAUCUGCAAAAUCCAAAGAAAGUAAUGUUUUGGGAAGUGGGGAUGCAGUUAUGGUAGAAUUUGAACAUUGCGAAAGUGAAUUUAGAAGCUACAAAGAACUUACUGAUGCACCACUUCGAGCUUGUGAUCAUGGUAAUCAUAAAUUUAAUGGUGAUUUGAGCAUUGAGGAAACUAAACCGAGCUGCACGGAGAUUGAGCCUUCAUCUGAGAAGUGUGAGCUUUCCAGUGGAAGUCAGACUAGGCACUAUAUUGAGCUUGGAGGAGGUCUGACAUCACCCAGAAGCGUAAAUCAGUCCAUUGGAGUAAUUGAUAGCGCCUUAACUGAUGAAAUUAAGCCCGAAGUUUGCCAGGACAUGGAUAGUCUUGUGAAGGACACAAAAUGUGAUUUGAAGACUUCAUUGUGCCAGGAACAGGAUGGAAAUUCAACUGCAGCAAUUGGCAGCAAUAAAGCUGUGAGCAAUUCAGAUAAAACAAAUCUUAUAAUCUUUCCUCCAAGAAAUGCAGUUCCAUUUUCUGAUGAAUGGUUGGCUGCUGUUGAAGCUGCUGGAGAGGAAAUUUUGACCGUGAAAAGUGGUGCAGUGCAAAAUUCUCCACCAGACAAGUGUUUACCUGAACCUAGCCCAUGGUCUCCGGUCAAAAAGAAAAGCAACGCCAUCGGGCCAUAUGACUGUACAAAGUUCACCAACAAUUUGUCCUCUGAUCCUCAAUAAUCAGCUAGGUCUGAAUUUCAUUUUUUUUUUAACUGGAAAACUAGUAUUAGAUAGUGACUAAAAGAUGAUAUUAGAUCAUUUUUUCAGUGCUUAGUUCCUGUUUCUUCACCUUUGUUAAUGAGGUAAUUGUGCCUGUGGCUACUGCUGCUUGUCACUGAUCAGGAUUCCAGGUUAAAGGUGUAUUAUUCUCCGCCAAACUAAGAAUCAAAUCCUAUUUUCCACUCUUAAACA